UCUGUUUAAAAGGUGAACGGUUGAGUUUCAGUGCCAACUUCCUGGUUCACAAGUUCUUACAUAUUGUGAACUGACAGUUGUCAACAGCGUCGAGUCAACAGUUUUGUUUCCUUUGGCAAAAGGUGUGACAAACACAUGCUUGCACAGAUUUGGCACACGUCAUGGUUUUCUGCGGAUCCUUACUGUUCUUGGCUGAAAAUCAGGUUCUGCUGUGUUGAUUGUUUUUUUGAGUAGAGAUCUAUUUUGGGAAGGAAACUGUGUGUACUUUGGGAAAACACAUUUUGAAUGUUGUUUUGACACAUGCUGGGUGUGACGAGUGGUUUCGCUUUCAAAGUAGAAAAUAUUUCUGUAUACAAAUCAUAUGUGGAGGUGGCCAAAUCAUUUUUCAGUGCUAACCUGUUCAAACUCAAUGUUUCUUUCUCUCUCAGCAGUAAUGGAGGAGGUGACAGGCUGUAGUUCAGAGGUGGAAGUGUUUAGUAGGUCAUCAACUGAGACAAUGUCCAGAAGAGAUUCUGUAUCAGUCAGAUGUUCUCCGUCCCAGAAUCUUCAGAUGUCAACGCCUCGAUCUCAACCUUUGACCAUCAGAAACACACACAGUUUCCGACCAAAGGGGGAAUUUCGAGCAUGUUCAGCACCUUUGAUUCCCAAUCCGUUCCCAGAGCUCUGCAGUCCAACACACUCUCCGGUGCUGACCGGAUCUCUCGGCAGGAGUGAUCCACCCUCUGGCAGCAGCACACAUGUGGUUCAAGUUUUUGGAGACAGCACGCACAGUCGUUCAGUCUUGGUGUCUUCAGGGGCAACAGCACGUGAUGUGUGUCAUAUACUAGCACAGGCCGCCCACUGUACAGACGAGGAGAACUGGGCCCUCAUAGAACAUCAUUCUGCUCUGGGUCUGGAGCGCUGUUUGGAAGAUCAUGAGCUUGUGGUGCAGGUACAGUCCUCCUGGCCAGUAGAGGGUGACACAAAGCUGAUCUUCCGCAAAAACUACGCCAAGUAUGAGUUCUUCAAAAAACCUGUGCUGUUUUUCCCAGAGCACAUGAUCUCUGAUAGUGCUGAUGUCACUAAAGGAAUGAAGUCAUCAGAGCUGGUGCAGAACAUGGUAAAGAGCGGUUCAUGCCCAGAGAUCCAAGGCUAUCUCCAUGUGAGAGAGGGUGGGAAGAAAUCCUGGAAGAAACUUUACUUCUUCUUACGACGAUCUGGACUUUACUGCUCCAACAAAGGCCAAUCAAAGGAGCCUCGGCACCUUCAGUUCAUUGCAGAUCUGGAGGAUUUGAAUGUGUUUGCAGUGUUCAAUGGGCGUAAACUUUAUGGAGCACCAGGCGAGCAUGUCUUCUGUGUUAAGGCAUCAAAGGUCAGGUUCCGCACUCAGGAUUUGAAGCUGAUGUGCGCUGACACUGAACAGAUUCGAACAUGUUGGAUCACGGCCUUUAGAUUGUUUAAGCAUGGGAAACAACUCCAGUGUAAUUUCCAUCUCGCCCAGUCCGGUUCCAGACUUCCCAAACCUUCACAGCAGGAAUCUAAGUUUACAGACCGGGAGGAGUCGAUGGUUGCCAUGGAUUUUUCGGGGAAGAGCGGAGGACGAGUGAUUCAGAACCCACAUGAGGCACAGAAUGCGGAGCAGGAGGAGGGACACAACUGGAGGAAAAAAGAGGCGAUACGCUACAAUUUAAUCAACAGAAGUCAUGGAUUACAACUUUCCUCUGUUCAUCGGGUUCAGCCGUGGUUCCACGGGGGCGUGUCUCGAAAUGAAGCUCAAAGGCUAUUGGAGGAGCAGGGUCAGGUGGACGGGAUGUUUCUGAUUCGUGACAGUCAACUGCACGCGCAGUGUUUUGUGUUGUCUAUGUGUUAUAAACUAGAGACGAAACACUACCUCAUCAUUUCUGUGGAAAGGCAGUACUACACUAUGGACGAUGGCGUCACGCUGUUCACAGAUCUUCUACAGUUGGUGGAGUUUUACCAGAUCAACCGCGGUAUCUUACCCGUUUGUCUCAAACACCCUUGCACUUGCAUUGCACUCUAAAUCUUGAACUUUGGCCUUGAACUCUGACCUCUAAGCAACCCACCACGACCUUCACAUUUCUCAGGUUAUAACUCACAAGGGGUGUCAGGACAUCCCACACUUUUUCACAACCAGGAAUUGCUAAUAAGCUGGCCUUAUACUUCAGCACAUCCAAAUGAUAUAUUUUGAUAUAUGCUGUAGGAUUCACAUGUGGCAGACUUUAAAGGUUACGUAGGUGCGUAAUGAUUCCAGUCUUUACGGUUUAAAAUAUAUUUACAAACUAUUUCUAUUAAUCAUCCUUCGAUCCAGAUCAAGAUUUUGUUUUUGCACAGCUGAACAAAAAUGACUAAAAUGCCUUCCUCAACCACUAGGUGGCCCGCUAAUACAAUAACAGAUCUUGUUUUCAGGAAUUCCACUGUUUUCAAUAAUUACUUCACAGUAUAUCAUAUAGGAAUAAAGGAAUGGGCCUAAGAAGUUUAUUGAACAUGUAGAACAAAUUUCUAUGUAGCAGAAUGAUGUUUUUAUUCAUUAUUUGUCUUAAAACUGAAUGGUUUAUGGCAGCUCAUUAAAUUGUACAGAGGUUUAACAUAAGAAAGCCAGUUUAUAUUUGUUUGGUACCGUUUUUCCAUUGAGUUUAUUGUGUUUUGUAGUUGUUUCUUAUGUGGUUGUAAACAUUUGGUUAUGUUUAGUUUGAUUGUGACAAACAUCUACAUUUGGUUUAUUGUUGCAUGUAAAUGCAGGAUAUUAUGGGUGUUUACUAGAAGUUAACUAAAUACAAUGAAACCUUCAUAAAUUAUUUUUUUAUUCAAUUCUUAAUACUGAAAGUUUUAGUAACACUAAGUUUCUAUUUGUCAACAUCAGUAAAGGCUUUAGGUAUCAUGAACUAUCAACGAACAAUAUUUUUUCAACAGCAUUUAUUUAUCUUGGUUAAUGUUAAUAAACAAAUACUAUUGUUCAUCGUUUGUUAGUUUGUAAUGCAUUAACUAAUGUUAACAUAUACAACUGUUAAUUUGAUUAGUUAACAACAUUAGAAUUACCAAUGUUAAACAAUUACAACCUUAUUAUAAAGUGUUACCAACUUUUAUUUUCGGGUUAGACUAUUGUAUUUAUGAACUUGAUAUAAAAACAAUAGAACUCUAUGGUAUGUUAUUAUUAAGACAACUUUUAUGUGGAUCAGCCAACAGUUCCCAUGAAAAAGAAAAAAAAAAGAAGCUUAAUAAACAUACUA